AUCAGAUUCACUCAGAGUUUCCAUUGACUUCCUCUACGGCUAUUGUGGUGUCCGUGUACGCGCGUGUAAUUGUCACAGCCAGUGAGACAGAAUGGAGGAUCUGGCAGAGUAUCACGGGAGCAUUAGUAAGAGGCGAGCGGAAAAGAUCCUGAGUGAAGCAGGCAGAGACGGCAGCUAUCUGAUCAGAGACAGCGCGAGCGCCGCGGGGUCUUACUGCGUGUGUGUGCUGUGUGAUGGAUGGGUUUACACCUACCGAGUUUUCAAACAGAAGGAUGGCCUCUGGACAAUAGAGGUGGCUCCUGGGAUGAAGGAAAGACUCUUUAGGAAAGUUGCCAACCUUAUUGCUGCCUUUAAGAUCCCAGACCAAGGCAUCUCUGUUCCUCUUUUGUAUCCUGUAAACAGAGCUAAAUAAUAACAUACAAGCCACAACAUACCUCAGAACAGUUUCUACAUGCACGAGAGUGACUUCUCUGGGGUCUCUUAAACCUGUGGUGACUGUUGUAAAUGCUGUAAAUAAUCUGUGAGAUAUAAAAACUAUAAAUGCUCUGCUAAAGCAUGCUAAAUAAUUGGCAAGCCCUGUUACAUAAUACAUUGUAUACUUUAAUUUUGAUGUUAGUUUUUCUCUGCCAUUUUUUUUUUUGUUCAAGAAUAAUUAUCUCAUGUUAGCAUCAGCAACAAGAUACACCCAUGAGAGAAGAAGGCCUUGAACAAAAUGUCAGACCUGAGUUCUGAGUUAGAUUGCUAUCUUGUUUUCCGUCUAGUAAUGAGAGUUUGCUUAGCAAGUGUUUCUGUGUUUUAGAAAAUUCUAUUUCUGUACACUAAACAGGAAAUAACAGUUUUCUCAUUAAACUUCACUGAGCUACGAACUUCCUGCAAUAAUACCAUCACAAUAAUGUUAUAAACAAAUUGGUCUUCCGUGUAAGGAAAUUCAGAGCCUUUUGAAGUUACCAAAUAAAACCCAACCAAAAAU